CUUGUGGUUUGUUUCGUGUUUCUGAAUAUUUACUGUUUGCGCGUUACCUUUAGCCAAUAGCCGCUACCUUGUCCCGCCUGUGUGUGGAACUGCGGGCAAUGCCCGGAGUCAAAAUGGCCGAGGGUUGUUCAAACAAUUUUUAGACCAUUGGUUUACUUGAAUGCGGUUUUUAGAAAUGAAUGUUUGUUGCGCUUCAUGGUAUUACGCCCCUUCAUGGAAGCACGCCUUGUAAUUUAGCCAGGAGCCAAGGAUAUGUUAGGAUAGGAGCCUAACUAUACAUCUCUCCAAACAUGAACAGUGACAGACUCUUUAAAGUGACAAACUCUUUAUUUAUUAGCAAUGUUAAGGCUGCCUGCAAGAAGAACCUGCUUAUGGAUGAAGGAGUGACCUGUUGUAUUAAUGUCUCCAUGCAACAGCCGUUCCCAGACAUAAACCUCUGUACCCUUCGGAUACCUGUGUUUGAUAACCCUCUACAAAACCUGUCUGAUCACUUUGACCAAAGUGGCGACUUGAUUGAACACACAAUAAGCAGAGGCGGAAAGUGCCUUGUCUAUUGCAGGCAUGGACGCAGUCGUUCGGCCACUAUCUGCAUUGCAUAUUUGAUGAAGUAUAAAAAUAUGUCCCUUCAAGAGGCUUUUCAGGUGGUGAAAGCAGGAAGACCAGGAAUAGAACCCAAUGAAGGGUUCUGGUCUCAGCUGAAACAAUAUGAAGAAUCGCUGCAAAGGAGCCAGUGAGCUAAAACGAUGGAGCCCUGCUGUUCCUGCAUACAGUCUUCAUUGUAUGACUGGCAAGAUGACAUGGACAAUAUUAUUACCUGUAUGGCAUGAGAAUUUUAGGCAGGAACAGUGCACUUGAUGUAGGCCAUAGUUUUCCAGCCUUUAGCCCUCUAGGAAUUAAUCAGGAGCAAUUCCAUGACUAAUAAAAAUAAAUGUUAAUAAAAGCAACAGCUGGACCGCACACUUCCCAAGUCCAGUAAAUAUAUAUGCCACUUAAUAUUAGACAAAGAUGUCUUUGGUAACUGUAAGAGAUGAAAUUGUAUUAAAUAAACUUUCUCUUCUAGUUCAGA